AUGAGGGUCUUCUCUGUCUUCACUGCCUGGUCGGCGAUCCUGUCGUGUAUUGCUGUCGUCUACGCACAAUCUGGGCCCGACCCGAUUGGUACGAUCCAUGAGGGCCAUGUGCCAGCUGAUCUAUACGGAUCCGACUACCCCUACCCUUGGCCGGUUAAGCUGUUCAAGUUCUACAAUCAGCGCCAGAAACUUACGAUGGCGUUUAUGGACAUACCGGCGAAGAAGAGUCACCAAAAUAACAAGACGGCGGUCUUGCUCCACGGGGGGAACUUCUGCGGUGUCACAUGGUUCGACACGGCACGUCACCUGUCAGCGGCCGGCUAUCGAGUGAUUUUGCCCGACGACAUCGGCUUUUGCAAAUCGAGCAAACCCCAAGGUUAUUCUUACAACGUACAGCAGCAAGCGUUGAACAUUCACAGUCUGCUCAAUGCGCUAGGCAUCGAUGGAGUUAUCGUGAUCGGCCAUUCGAUGGGUGGUAUGAUUGCCGCCCGCUACGGCCUCAUGUACCCGAACAACGUUCAGCAGCUUAUCCUUGUCGAUCCCCUGGGCCUAGAAGACUGGGUAGCCAAAGGCGUGCCCUAUCUGCCAAUCGACGCGACGUACGAGAGCCAGGUUGUGCAGAACUUCACCACUCUCCAGGCCUAUGAGGAGGCCAGCUACUUCCACAAUGCGACCUGGAAGCCUGCGUAUGAUACCUGGGUCGAGAUGCUAGCCGACAUCUACGCCGGCAACUAUGGCUCCGAGUAUGCGUACGUGAUGUCCCUCGUCACCGACGCCUUGCUCUCUCAGCCUAUCAUCUACCACCUGCCUCUCCUGCAGACACGUACCUACCUUAUGGUCGGAGAGAACGACAUUACGGCGCUUGGCAAAGCAUGGUCACCCCCCGAUGUCGCUGCGAAAUUGGGUCACUAUAACAAACUCGGUCCUGCGGCCGCAGCCAUGAUCCCCAACAGUACCUUCCAUAUGUUCCCCGGCCUAGGCCAUGCGCCCUUCCUUCAGGAUCCUGAAGCGUUCUACGACGUGCUAUUUGCUUGGCUAGACUAG